CUAUUUCACAUUAAAACAUAAAUCUCCUCUAUACACAGCUCACUCCCUCAUCUUCAGCCUCCUUCAUCAGCUCCUGCUCCUCUCUCCUGUGUGACUCAUCCUUCAAUCUAGCCAUCAUGGUUUCUCAUCGGGAGUUUGCAACUGCAGGGAAGCAGCCUGGCCUGCAGGUGUGGCGUAUCGAGAACAUGGACCUGAAGCCGGUUCCUAAAGCCCUGCAUGGCAGCUUCUACACCGGGGACGCCUACCUGCUGCUCGCCACCACCGCAGCUCCUUCAUACAACAUACACAUGUGGCUGGGGGACGAGUGUUCUCAAGAUGAGAGUGGAGCGGCUGCCAUCUUUUCCUCUCAGCUGGAUGACUUCCUGGGUGGCGGUCCUGUGCAGUACAGGGAGGUGCAGAACAGUGAAUCAACCACCUUUUUGGGGUACUUCAGAUCAGGAAUCAAGUACCAGAAAGGGGGUGUGGCCUCAGGUUUCCAGCACGUGGUGACCAACGACAUGAACGUGAAGCGCCUGCUGCACAUCAAGGGUCGCAGGGCCAUCAGAGCCACAGAGGUGGACAUGUCCUGGUCCAGCUUCAACAAAGGAGACUGCUUCAUUAUUGAUCUGGGCAAGGAUGUGUAUCAGUGGUGCGGCAGUGAGUGUAACCGUUUUGAGAAGUUAAAGGCUGCUCAGGUCACCAUCGACAUCAGGGAUAACGAGAGAAACGGCCGAGCUAAACUGCAUGUAGUGAACGAGGGGGAAGAGCCGGAAGCAAUCAUACAGGCUCUGGGGCCCAAGCCAAACAUUGCCCCUGGUUCCCAGGACGAUGAGAAGGUAGACACCUCCAACAAGAAGAAGGGCGCCCUCUACAUGAUCUCUGAUGCAUCCGGAUCAAUGAAGGUGUCAGCUGUGGCUCCAUCCAGUCCUUUCAAACAGGCCAUGCUGUCUCUGGAGGAGUGCUACAUCCUGGACAACGGGGUGGACAAGAACAUUUUUGUUUGGAAAGGUCCCAAGGCCAACAUGUCAGAGCGCAAAGCAGCCAUGUCAGCAGGUCAGAAGUUCAUCAAAGACAAGGGCUAUUCCAACAAGACACAGAUCCAAGUGCUUCCUGCAGGAGCUGAGACCACUCUGUUUAAGCAAUUCUUCUGCGACUGGAAGGACAAAGACGAGACGACCGGUCCCAGUAAGGCCUUCACCAUCGGUCGCAUAGCCAAAGUGGAACAGGUUCCCUUUGAUGCCUCCACCCUGCACUCCAACAAAGCCAUGGCAGCACAACACGGCAUGGUGGAUGAUGGAAAGGGCAAAGUCCAGAUCUGGCGUGUUGAGAACGGCGACAGGGUUCCUGUUGAUCCCUCCCAUUACGGUCACUUCUACGGUGGAGACUGUUACCUCAUCCUUUACAGCUACAGACAGGGGAGCCGGGAGCAGCACAUCAUCUACACCUGGCAGGGGCUGAAGUGCACGCAGGAUGAACUGGCCGCCUCUGCCUUCCUCACAGUGAAGCUCGAUGACUCAAUGGGCGGAUCCCCGGUUCAGGUGAGAGUGACUCAGGGCCUGGAGCCUCCACACCUCAUGAGUCUGUUUCAGGGCAAACCCAUGAUCAUCCACAGCGGAGGAACGUCACGUAAAGGUGGACAGUCACAAUCUGCCAGCACCCGCCUUUUUCACAUCCGGCAGAGCUCCUCCCGCGCCACCCGGGCUGUAGAGGCGGGGGCCACUGCAUCCAGUCUGAACACCAACGAUGUGUUUGUUCUGAAAUCCCCGAGCGCCUUGUUUGUUUGGCGAGGCGUUGGUGCCAGUGAUGAGGAGAUGGAGGCUGCCAAACAUGUGGUGGGCUUCCUGGGGGGCAGUGCCAGCCAAGUGUCAGAGGGCAAGGAGCCAGGUGAUUUCUGGUCCGCUCUUGGAGGUAAGAAGGAGUAUCAGACCUCCAAGAGUCUGCAGAACAUGGUCCGCCCUCCACGUCUGUUUGGCUGCUCCAACAAAACAGGAAGACUGAGCGUUGAAGAGGUACCAGGAGACUUCACUCAGUCAGAUCUGGCCACUGAUGAUGUCAUGCUCCUGGAUACCUGGGACCAGAUCUUCCUUUGGGUUGGAAACGAUGCUAAUGCAGAGGAAAGGACUGGAGCUCCCAAAAUAGCUAAAGAAUACGUGGACUCCGACCCAUCUGGUCGCAAAGGACUGCCCAUCACCACCAUCAAACAGGGAGCAGAGCCCCCGACUUUCACUGGCUGGUUCCAGGCCUGGGAUCCCAAGAUGUGGGAGACAGAUCCGCUGGAAAGAAUCCGUGCCCGCUUCUAAACACACCUGACUCCUCAGGCUGUUUUUCUCCCAGGUUUUACCUGCACUUACUGCCCUUUUGUUUUUAUCUUAACUCCAAUCCCUAAGUGCCAAAAUGUAAUCACUGUUAUCCAGUUGAAUGGCUGCCUCUUUGCCUUGCAUACAUUGCAGUGCAACAGACUACAAAUUCAGGAACGCAUCAUUGCAUAAGUCAAAUGACUUUCUGUUGAACAGUAUCUUAAAUAGUCAGAAGUGGUUCAUUGAUCUGUUGCAUCCAUCAGCUUCUCCCUUUCACAUAUUCAUCCAAGCAUCAAACAAAAAUAGAACACAGAAAUUGAAGCCAUAUCUGGAGAUAUCCUGUUUAUCUCUGCUCUCUUUCACUGCUAGUGCUCAGAAAACAUCACCAUGCUCUCCUAUCUGUACCCACCCCUGCCAUAAUGAACCUUAAGUAAAAACACCAUACUGCACUUAUUGUUUGCCCAUGGUACUCGAAUGAUGUACACAUACUGUAGAAGUUGCAUGCUGCAUUGUUUUUAUCCUUUUCUGUGCUUGUGAAUUUUAAAAUGUAUUCUUUGGUUUGUACAUGUGUCAGUUGUGUCAACCCUGAAAUGCUCACAUGGAUGGCUUUUAAAUAAAACUCCCAGUAUUUUAAA